ACUUCACUGCAGUCUUGACAGUUGGGGAUCCUUUUUAAGACUGCGCUUUUGAACCCAAACAACGUGUUUUUGGGGUUCAGUUUAAUUUUAUUAUUGAAAAGUAGUGAAUAAGUGAACAACACAAUGCGUAUCGAGACGUGCUACUUUUGCUCGUGCAAAAUAUACCCGGGACAUGGAAUACAAUUCGUGAGGAACGAUUGCAAGAUCUUCAGAUUCUGCAGAUCGAAAUGCCAUUCGGCGUUUAAGAGGAAGAAGAAUCCACGUAAGACCAAAUGGACGAAGGCAUACAGGAAGGCGGCUGGCAAGGAGUUGCAGGUCGAUCCGUCCUUCGAAUUCGAGAAACGUCGCAAUAUGCCAAUGAAAUACGAUAGACAGACCUGGACUAGGGCCAUCGACGCCAUCAAGAAGGUCGAAGAGAUCAAGGGCAAGAGGAGUAACCACUACAUCAUGCAGAGGCUGCGCAAGGGCAGGGAACUGGAGGAUGAGCAUGACGUCAAGGAAGUGCAAAGGGAUUUGGCUCUCAUCAGAUCGCCUGCAGCUGGUCUCAAGGAGCGUAAAGCUGCUGAAGCUAAUGCUGAGGAUAUGCAGGAGAGCAGUGAUGAGGAGGAAGAUGAUGAUAUGGUUGUUGAGGAUGGUGGAGUUGUCUAUUUGUAAGUUCCGUGCUAUUUGUAACAUAAUAAAAUUUGAAAUUCUAUAUAAAA